CGUCAAAGUCAACCCUGCACAUCUCAAACGCAUGCAUCUGUGAUUCAUUCAAGAGGCGGAUCGUCUGUGUACGUGGAGAGCGAGAGGAGAACUCGCGCAUGGCUUUAGAGAACAUGGCAUAGAGAUCGUGUUUGAGUGAGACCAGCACGGCUGUGUGAGAGCUAAUCAGCUGACCUGCAGCAUCGCUGACCGUCUGCAGUUCUGAACCGACCUGCGCUCAGCGUGUUAUGCUGCCGAGAGAGGACUCAGGUGACGGAGUAACUACAGCGCCAUGGCGGCAGAGAUCCAUCCCCGUCCGCAGACACGAAAGCCCGUCCUGCUGAGUAAGAUUGAGGGUUUCCAAGAUGUGGUGAAUACGGCUGUGAUCAUCCCCAAAGAGGACGGGGUUAUCAGCGUAUCUCAAGACAGGACAAUCCGCGUGUGGUUGAAGAGGGACAGUGGUCAGUACUGGCCUAGUGUCUUUCACACAGUGCCAGUGGCGUGUUCAUGUAUGUCAUUUAAUCCAGAGACAAGGAGGAUCUCUGUAGGGUUGGAAAAUGGCACUGUAUCGGAGUUUGUCUUAUCGGAGGACUACAACCAAAUGACUCCUGCACGAACAUAUCAGGCUCAUCAGGGUGGCGUGACCGUGGUGCUGUUUGUCUUAGAGAUGGAGUGGGUUCUAAGCACAGGUCAGGACAAGAGCUUUACGUGGCACUGCUCAGAGAGCGGACAGCAGCUGGGCACAUACCGGACCACAGCAUGGGUGUCUGGACUACAAUUUGAUGUGGAAACCAGACAUGCCUUCGUUGGAGAUCAUUCCGGUCAAGUGACAAUCCUAAAGCUGGAGCAGGACAACUGCAGCCUGAUCACCACCUUUAAAGGCCACACAGGCAAUGUCACAGCGCUGUGUUGGGAUCCUGUGCAAAGGGUUUUAUUCUCUGGAAGUUCUGAUCAUUCAAUCAUCAUGUGGGACAUUGGAGGCCGUAAAGGCACAGCCAUUGAGCUGCAGGGACACAAUGAUAAAGUGCAGGGUUUGUGUUACGCUCCUCACACCCGUCAGCUCAUUUCCUGUGGCUCAGAUGGAGGAACAGUUAUCUGGAACAUGGACGUCACACGACAAGAGACUCCUGAGUGGCUUGACAGUGACUCAUGUCAGAAAUGUGAACAGCCAUUCUUCUGGAAUUUUAAACAGAUGUGGGACAGUAAGAAAAUUGGCCUGCGACAGCAUCACUGUAGGAACUGUGGCCAGGCCGUGUGUGGAAAGUGCUCCUCUAAACGCUCCACUAUUCCUCUGAUGGGAUUUGAGUUUGAGGUGCGGGUUUGUGACAGUUGUCACGGCUCCAUUACGGAUGAGGAACGGGCGCCCACUGCAACAUUCCAUGACAGUAAGCACAGCAUCAUACACAUGCAGUAUGAACCAACCAGGGGCUGGCUGCUCACCUCCGGGACAGACAAAAUCAUCAAGCUAUGGGACAUGACUCCAGUGGUAUCAUGAGAAUCAUGUGUAUCAUCUGAAGGCAGGAACUAAGAAUCAGUGCUGAACCUGAACUGAGAAUCAUGUGUUUGUGGAAAACGUUCAGAGUUCAGGUCACUUUCCAUGGGCAGCUUUAUCUCAUGGAGGAAAAACUCAAGGAUAUCCUGACAUUGAACUGAGCAUGUGCAAUUGUAUGUAUUUGUGCAUGUGCACGUGGGUUAUGGGAACAAACGUGUAAAUAUUGUCCAGUUUAAAUCUGCUUAGUUCAGGUUGUUUAUAUUGAGGUAAAUCAGUGUUGUUAUGUUGUCUGUGAAACUCUUCGCACUCAUUCUAUCAUCAUCUUAUGUCUUAUCCCAAACACAAAUGAAUCCUUGUUACACUGCAUCAAAGCAUGCUGGAACUGAUUUAUAUUCAAGUGCCUUUACCGCACCUCAAUCAGUGGUUUAUGGCAUGGGAAAAUAGUCUCUGCUAUUGCCUCCUCAACUAUUUGAAUCUUUAAAUGUAAGCACUUAGUUUUACUGGUGUUUUAAUACCAGUAAAUUUAAUUGGAGGAUUUAAUGUGCACAUAAUCAUAAAUGCUGUUGUUUACACAGGGUGAAAUUCAAUAAUGCUUCAUUGUCAUAAUAUUGUGUUUGAUCUUAUUAAAGCGGAUGUUUCAUAGACAUCUCAUUACUUGUAAGAAACAUUCACGAUAUUUCAUUGUUUCUUUGGAUCAGAAAAUAUUAUGGUGGUGGUUUAAAACAAAUUUUGACUUUAUUUGUCAGGCAUAUUUUUUUCUGUAUGUUGAAUUAAGCAAGUGGACAUUUGGACAUUGGUAAUAGCUCACUGUAAAGCCACAGUGGGUAAAACAUUACAGCUGAAUGGUCACAGGGUAAGGAUAAAUAAAACAGCAGGAAUGGCACAAAAUAAAGAUGCUUUACUCUGUAACUGUGUAAUUGCAAAUGUGACCCUGGACCACAAAACCAGUCAUAAAAAAGUCCAUUUU